AUGACUGAAUACUGUCAACCAAGCAGACAUAUUUUACUUCCCUAACCAAUUUGGUAUACUGAUCUGCAUGUUGAUGUUUUAUAUGGAGAAACAAAUAUUUCAACAUCUAGACAAUUUAUUGAGCUUUUAAUAGUGAAAGAUAGUGAAAGCUAGUGUGCAAGAAACAGCAUCUGGAAUUGUUUUAAUCAAAUAUGACACAUUAGGAUGAAACUGGUUAAAUAUUGCGUUUAAUGUGUAUAAUGUAUUGCACAGGUACAGUGGGGAAAAAAAGUAUUUAGUCAGCCACCAAUUGUGCAAGUUCUCCCACUUAAAAUGAUGAGAGAGGCCUGUAAUUUUCAUCAUAGGUACACGUCAACUAUGACAGACAAAUUGAGAAAUGUAUUUCCAGAAAAUCACAUUGUAGGAUUUUUAAUGAAUUUAUUUGCAAAUUAUGGUGGAAAAUAAGUAUUUGGUCACCUACAAACAAGCAAGAUUUCUGGCUCUCACAGACCUGUAACUUCUUCUUUAAGAGGCUCCUCUGUCCUCCACUCAUUACCUGUAUUAAUGGCACCUGUUUGAACUUGUUAUCAGUAUAAAAGACACCUGUCCACAACCUAAAACAAUCACACUCCAAACUCCACUAUGGCCAAGACCAAAGAGCUGUCAAAGGACACCAGAAACAAAAUUGUAGACCUGCACCAGGCUGGGAAGACUGAAUCUGCAAUAGGUAAGCAGCUUGGUUUGAAGAAAUCAACUGUGGGAGCAAUUAUUAGGAAAUGGAAGACAUACAAGACCACUGAUAAUCUCCCUCGAUCUGGGGCUCCACGCAAGAUCUCACCCCGUGGGGUCAAAAUGAUCACAAGAACGGUGAGCAAAAAUCCCAGAACCACACGGGGGGACCUAGUGAAUGACCUGCAGAGAGCUGGGACCAAAGUAACAAAGCCUACCAUCAGUAACACACUACGCCGCCAGGGACUCAAAUCCUGCAUUGACAGAUGUGUCCCCCUGCUUAAGCCAGUACAUGUCCAGGCCCGUCUGAAGUUUGCUAGAGUGCAUUUGGAUGAUCUAGAAGAGGAUUGGGAGAAUGUCAUAUGGUCAGAUGAAACCAAAAUAGAACUUUUUGGUAAAAACUCAACUCGUCGUGUUUGGAGGACAAAGAAUGCUGAGUUGCAUCCAAAGAACACCAUACCUACUGUGAAGCAUGGGGGUGGAAACAACAUGCUUUGGGCGUGUUUUUCUGCAAAGGGACCAGGACAACUGAUCCGUGUAAAGGAAAGAAUGAAUGAGGCCAUGUAUCGUGAGAUUUUGAGUGAAAACCUCCUUCCAUCAGCAAGGGCAUUGAAGAUGAAACGUGGCUGGGUCUUUCAGCAUGACAAUGAUCCCAAACACACCUCCCGGGCAACGAAGGAGUGGCUUCGUAAGAAGCAUUUCAAGGUCCUGGAGUGGCCUAGCCAGUCUCCAGAUCUCAACCCCAUAGAAAAUCUUUGGAGGGAGUUGAAAGUCUGUGUUGCCCAGCGACAGCCCCAAAACAUCACUGCUCUAGAGGAGAUCUGCAUGGAGGAAUGGGCCAAAAUACCAGCAACAGUGUGUGAAAACCUUGUGAAGACUUACAGAAAACUUUUGACCUGUGUCAUUGCCAACAACGGGUAUAUAACAAAGUAUUGAGAAACUUUUGUUAUUGACCAAAUACUUAUUUUCCACCAUAAUUUGCAAAUAAAUUCAUUAAAAAUCCUACAAUGUGAUUUUCUGGAUUUUUUUUUCUCAUUUUGUCUGUCAUAGUUGACGUGUACCUAUGAUGAAAAUUACAGGCCUCUCUCAUCUUUUUAAGUGGGAGAACUUGCACAAUUGGUGGCUGACUAAAUACUUUUUUCCCCACUGUAUAUAUGACGUACUGGUCUCUCUCCGUGUCCAGGUGCCAGUGUGUGGAGGGCUACCGGGGAAGGCUGUGUCAGGUAGAUGUGGAUGAGUGUCAGGUUAACCCCUGUAUCAACGGGGCCACAUGUGUGGACGGACAGGGCUCCUACACCUGCCGCUGCCCUCCUGGGUUCAACGGAACCAGGUGUGAGACAGGUAUAGACGCCAUGGAGAGAGAGAAAGCGAGAGAGGGAUGAGUGGAGGAAGAGUAGAAGAGGCUGUGGAGGAGUUUGAGUCUAUUGUGGUUUUACCACAGUCUCAGAGAGGAAAAUGUAUGGAAGUAAACCUUUGGCUGAGUCUGAAAUGGCACUCUAUUCUUUAGUCUUUAUAGUGCACUAUGUAGGGAAUAGGGUGCCAUUUUGGAGGUACACUUCGUGAAACCACUAUUUAGUUUCACACAGGGCUAUCAUAAUGAGAGCUUUCCUGUUUUCAGAAAGGAGAAAAGUAAAUUCUCCAGGUCACUUCACUACUGCACUCAUCGGAGCCAUUGGAGCCAAUAGUCUGAAUGUCUAAUUGAAGGAAAUUGCUUUCUAAAAGGUAGAUUUCACAGUCUAAUGGAUUGGUCCGGUCCCUUUUCUGGAUCAAUAUCAAUUUGAUGUGUAUCAGCAACUGCCCCAUUACUUCAAAAUCCAUUUUCAUAGUCAACCUUUUCUGGCCCAAAACAUUUUCUCUCCUUCUAACCUCAAUGACUCAGAAACUGCUCCAUUUAUUUACUUAUAAAACCUUUUUUGUAAUAAUUUUCAUUAUUUUUCACUCAUUUCCGGCCUAAACAUUUUUUCUCCUUCAGAGAUGUCAACAUCCUUCAACCUGGACUUCGAGGUGUCAGGUAUCCAUGGUUAUGUGAUGAUGGACGGCAUGAUGCCGGCAUUGACGGAGAUCACGUGUACUUUCUGGAUGAGGUCUUCGGACACCACCAACUAUGGCACGCCCAUAUCCUACGCAGUGGAGGGAAGUGACAACGCCUUCCUGCUCAUAGACUACAACGGGUCAGUACUGCCACACACACGCAGACACACUGAAUGUUAAGGCUGUCACAAGACACUAGCCACAACUAUACUAUUCUUGGGGUCCUCACAAAACACAUUAUAGUCUCUCUCUCUCUCUCUCUCUCUCUCUCUCUCUCUCUCUCUCUCUCUCUCUCUCUCUCUCUCUCUCUCUCUCUCUCUCUCUCUCUCUCUCUCUCUCCCCGCCCCCCCCAGGUGGGUCCUGUACGUCAACGGUAAGGAGCGUAUUACAGACUGCCCGGCGGUCAACACGGGUCAGUGGCACCACAUCGGCGUGUCAUGGCGGAGCUGGGACGGGGACUGGAGGGUCUAUAUCAACGGCAACCCCUCGGACGGAGGGAAAGGCCUGUCAGUGGGCACCACCAUCCCAGGUGUAGUGCUAUCCUCAGCCUGCUCAUAGCUAUUGUCUUAGUGUCAUAGUAUCAUGAUGUACCGUAUUCAUAGUUGCAUGCAUAUUAUGUUUAGCGCUAUCCUCAGCCUGCUCAAAAUAAAGUAGCAGUUUAUCGUCAAUCUAUAAAUCAUCAUAGCACCACAGCUAACCAUCCCAGGUGUAGUGCUAUUAGCAGUAGUGCCUUAGCCUGAUCUUGUAUCUGCUUAUUGUGUCCUUAUGUCCUAGUAGCCUGCUUAUAAUAUCUAAGUGGGGCACAGUGUGGCAUAUCAAAAAGUAGAAUGAUGCUAUUUUGCAGGUCUUAAUGAAAUAAUAGCAGUGAGGUUAGGUUUUAAGGCACAUUUCACAGAACCCAAAGAAACCAAGAGAGGUGGUUAACCUUUGACCCUUGACCUCUACCCUCCAGGUGGAGGGGCGUUGGUGCUGGGCCAGGACCAGGACCAGAGGGGCGAGGGCUUCAACCCCGUGGAGUCCUUUGUAGGGUCCCUCAGCCAGCUCCACAUCUGGGACCGGGUUCUCGACCCACAGCAAGUAAAUCCCACUGUCCUAGCUACUGCUCUACAACCUGAAAUACAGACUCACCUACAGUGGGGAGAACAAGUAUUUGAUACACUGCCGAUUUUGCAGGUUUUCCUACUUACAAAGCAUGUCGAGGUCUGUAAUUUGUAUCAUAGGUACACUUCAACUGUGAGAGACGGAAUCUAAAACAAAAAUCCAGAAAAUCACAUUGCAUUUUAUUGCAUGACAUAAGUAUUUGAUCACCUACCAACCAGUAAGAAUUCCGGCUCUCACAGACCUGUUAGUUUUUCUUUAAGAAGCCCUCCUGUUCUCCACUCAUUACCUGUAUUAACUGCACCUGUUUGAACUCGUUAUCUGUAUAAAAGACACCUGUCCACACACUCAAUCAAACAGACUCCAACCUUGCCACAAUGGCCAAGACCAGAGAGCUGUGUAAGGACAUCAGGGAUAAAAUUGUAGACCUGCACAAGGCUGGGAUGGGCUACAGGACAAUAGGCAAGCAGCUUGGUGAGAAGGCAACAACUGUUGGCGCAAUUAUUAGAAAAUGGAAGAAGUUCAAGAUGACGGUCAAUCACCCUCGGUCUGGGGCUCCAUGCAAGAUCUCACCUCGUGGGGCAUCAAUGAUCAUGAGGAAGGUGAGGGAUCAGCCCAGAACUACACGGCAGGACCUGGUCAAUGACCUGAAGAGAGCUGGGACCACAGUCUCAAAGAAAACCAUUAGUAACACACUACGCCGUCAUGGAUUAAAAUCCUGCAGCGCACGCAAGGUCCCCCUGCUCAAGCCAGUGCAUGUCCAGGCCCGUCUGAAGUUUGCCAAUGACCAUCUGGAUGAUCCAGAGGAGGAAUGGGAGAAGGUCAUGUGGUCUGAUGAGACAAAAAUAGAGCUUUUUGGUCUAAACUCCACUCGCCGUGUUUGGAGGAAGAAGAAGGAUGAGUACAACCCCAAGAACACCAUCCCAACCGUGAAGCAUGGAGAUGGAAACAUCAUUCUUUGGGGAUGCUUUUCUGCAAAGGGGACAGGACGACUGCACCGUAUUGAGGGGAGGAUGGAUGGGGCCAUGUAUCGCGAGAUCUUGGCCAACAACCUCCUUCCCUCAGUAAGAGCAUUGAAGAUGGGUCGUGGUUGGGUCUUCCAGCAUGACAACGACCCGAAACACACAGCCAGGGCAACUAAGGAGUGGCUCCGUAAGAAGCAUCUCAAGGUCCUGGAGUGGCCUAGCCAGUCUCCAGACCUGAACCCAAUAGAAAAUCUUUGGAGGGAGCUGAAAGUCCGUAUUGCCCAGCGACAGCCCCGAAACCUGAAGGAUGUGGAGAAGGUCUGUGUGGAGGAGUGGGCCAAAAUCCCUGCUGCAGUGUGUGCAAACCUGGUCAAGACCUACAGGAAAUGUAUGUUCUCUGUAAUUGCAAACACAGGUUUCUGUACCAAAUAUUAAGUUCUGCUUUUCUGAUGUAUCAAAUACUUAUGUCAUGCAAUAAAAUGCAAAUGAAUUACUUAAAAAUCAUACAAUGUGAUUUUCUGGAUUUUUGUUUUAAAUUCCGUCUCUCACAGUUGAAGUGUACCUAUGAUACAAAUUACAGACCUCUACAUGCUUUGUAAGUAGGAAAACCUGCAAAAUCGGCAGUGUAUCAAAUACUUCUCCCCACUGUACCUGAACAGUAGCUGGUACAUCACUAUCUGAACAUAACGACCAGCUUAGUUACUAAGUCUGUUUCUGCUUUAGAACAACUUGUUUUUCAUUGUCAUGCUAACCGUGUUUGACACACAAAAGAGUUGUCUCAAGCAGAAAAAGACUGGCGUCCAGGCUACAUGACUAACUACAGCAUAUAAACUAGCAUCUGUGGCAAAAAGUUUGAAAUGUCUGUGUAACAUAUUUAAAAAAAACUUCUGUCCCAAAUAAAGUGUGUGUUGUUUUUUUUGUUCUUCUGUGGCAUAAAGUGACCUCCAUAUUUCUCUGGGUCCAUAGAUCAAAAUCCUAGCCAGCACCUGCCCAGGGAACAACAUCAGAGGCAACGUCCUGGCGUGGCCUGACUUCCUCAAUGGAGUGGUGGGGAGAGUCAAGACUAACCCCAACUGUAUAUUCUGUGCUGGUGAGGGUCAGAUCUAGGAUCAGCUUACUCUGGCAAAGUCCUGACCUUAACCAUUAGGGGGAUAAACGCGGAAAAAAAAGUGUCUAGGGGAAACGGUAACCCUCUCCAUUCUCCUACUCAAUUACAUUUGUUUGUGUGUCAGACUGCCCCCUGCUAGAGAAUGCUGUGCCUCACCUGCGUGCGUCCAGUCCAGCUGUCAGCCCCGGCUCUCAGACGCAGCUGUCCUGUGAUCCCGGCUUCUACCUGGUGGGGGAGCCGCUGCUUCAGUGUCAGAACAAGGGAGAGUGGAGCCACGCCUUGCCCCGCUGUGAACGUGAGGGGCCAUUAGCUACACAUACACAGAUGCUAUAUUCACACAUAUAUGCAUCCAUGCACCUAGACACACACACAUGCAUGCAUGCACGCACUCACGCAGGCAAGCACACAAACACAUACACAGACAGAGGCAUUAGAAAGCAGAGUUUGCAUUUUUUCAGCUAUAUACAUAAGCAUAACCUCAGUAAUAGCGGAUAACCAUCAAAAAGCAUUCAAACACCAAAACCAUUGAACCCACAACAUUUACACCUACAGGGAGGGAAAAAAGUAUUUGAUCCUCUGCUGAUUUUGUACUUUGCCCACUGACAAAGACAUGAUCAGUCUAUAAUUUUAAUGGUAGGUUUAUUUGAACAGUGAGAGACAGAAUAACAACAAAAUACUCCAGAAAAACGCAUGUCAAAAAUGUUAUAAAUUGAUUUGCAUUUUAAUGAGGGAAAUAAGUAUUUGACCCCCUCUCAAUCAGAAAGAUUUCUGGCUCCCAGGUGUCUUCUAUACAGGUAACGAGCUGAGAUUAGGAGCACACUCUUAAAGGGAGUGCUCCUAAUCUCAGCAUGUUACCUGUAUAAAAGACACCUGUCCACAGAAGCAAUCAAUCAAUCAGAUUCCAAACUCUCCACCAUGGCCAAGACCAAAGAGCUCUCCAAGGAUGUCAGGGACAAGAUUGUAGACCUACACAAGGCUGGAAUGGGCUACAAGACCAUCGCCAAACAGCUUGAUGAGAAGGUGACACAGUUGGUGCGAUUAUUCGCAAAUGGAAGAAACACAAAAUAACUGUCAAUCUCCCUCGGCCUGGGGCUCCAUGCAAGAUCUCACCUCGUGGAGUUGCAAUGAUCAUGAGAACGGUGAGGAAUCAGCCCAGAACUACACGGGAGGAUCUUGUCAAUGAUCUCAAGGCAGCUGGGACCAUAGUCACCAAGAAAACUAUUGGUAAUACACUACGUUGUGAAGGACUGAAAUCCUGCAGCACCCGCAAGGUCCCCCUGCUCAAGAAAGCACAUAUACAUGCCAAUGAACAUCUGAAUGAUUCAGAGGAGAACUGGGUGAGUGUUGUGGUCAGAUGAGACCAAAAUCGAGCUCUUUGGCAUCAACUCAACUCGCUGUGUUUGGAGAAGGAGGAAUGCUGCCUAUAACCCCAAGAACACCAUCCCCACCGUCAAACAUGGAGGUGGAAACAUUAUGCUUUGGGGGUGUUUUUCUGCUAAGGGGACAGGACAACUUCACCGCAUCAAAGGGACGAUGGACGGGGCCAUGUACCGUCAAAUCUUGGGUGAGAACCUCCUUCCCUCAGCCAGGGCAUUGAAAAUGGGUCGUGAAUGGGUAUUCCAGCAUGACAAUGACCCAAAACACACGGCCAAGGCAACAAAGGAGUGGCUCAAGAAGAAGCACAUUAGGGUCCUGGAGUGGCCUAGCCAGUCUCCAGACCUUAAUCCCAUAGAAAAUCUGUGGAGGGAGCUGAAGGUUCGAGUUGCCAUACGUCAGCCUCGAAACCUUAAUGACUUGGAGAAGAUCUGCAAAGAGGAGUGGGACAAAAUCCCUCCUGAGAUGUGUGCAAAUCUGGUGGCCAACUACAAGAAAUGUCUGACCUCUGUGAUUGCCAACAAGGGUUUUGCCACCAAGUACUAAGUCAUGUUUUGCAGAGGGGUCAAAUACUUAUUUCCCUCAUUAAAAUGAAAAUCAAUUUAUAACAGUUUUGACAUGCGUUUUUCUGGAUUGUUUUGUUGUUAUUCUGUCUCUCACUGUUCAAAUAAACCUACCAUUAAAAUUAUAGACUGAUCAUGUCUUUGUCAGUGGGCAAACGUACAAAAUCAGCAGGGGAUCAAAUACUUUUUUCCCUCACUGUAUCUUCCAAUUAUUUAAAUGACUAUUUCAUUGGCAAAGUGGGCAAACUCAGACAUGAAAUGCUCAUCAUUUUUUACACCAUAAUCGACCAAACAAGUCCUGCAGGCUCUAGUUUGAUCUAUUCUUGACUAUUGCCCGGUGAUAUAGUAAAGUGCUGCAAAGAAGGACCUAGAAAAGCUGCAGCUGGGCCAGAACAUCACAUCUUUCCCUUCAAUGUACACAGAGGGCUAAUGUCAACAGUAUGCAUGUCGGUCUCUCUUAGCUCAAAGUAGAAGAGAGAUUGACAGCAUACAUUUUUUUGUUGUUGUGAGAAAUAUUAAUGUGUUUAAAAUUCCAAAUUGUCUGUAUAAUCAACUUACAUAUAGCUCUGACAGACAUACUUACCCCACCAAACAUGCCACCAGGGGUCUCUUCACCGUCCCCAGGUCCAGAACAAAUUAAAGAAAACGUAAAGUAUUAUAUAGAGCCAUGAUUGCAUUGAAUUCCCUUCCAUCUCAUAUAGCGAAAGUGAAAAAAACAAAAAAAACAAAUAAAGCAACACCUCACGGCACAAUGCCUCUGACAUGUAUUUGUAACAGAUAGAUUCACACACACACACACACACAGACAUUAUUCUUUAGUUCUAUUGUUUAUUUUUUUAUUUGCGUUAAUUUGUGUCUUUAUUUGUAGUUGUUUUUAUUUUUAUAUAUAUACGUCUGUAAUGUCUAUGUUAAUGUUUUAAAUGUAUGUAAAUUGUGAAGUAUUUUUGUCUGUAAUGUCUUUUUCGUUAUGUGUCGGACCCCAGGAAGACUAGCUGUCACCGUUGGCGUCAGCUAAUGGGGAUCCUAAUAAAAAUCAUAAAAUCAUGACCUGUGUACUGUCUAUCUAUAGGAGUGACAUAUUGGUUAAUACCUACUAUCUCCAUGAUCAUAACCAUAGUAGUAACAUAGCCAUUGAACACAUUCGCAAAACCUAACCCGUGUAUAUCUACCUGUUUGCCUGUAUAGGAGUGACGUGUGGUCCCCCUCGGCCCCUGGAGCAUGGUCUGUUCCAGGGUUCCGACUACCAUGCAGGCAGCACUGUGGUGUACCAGUGUAACCCUGGGUUUUACCUGCUGGGGGACGCCAAGGUGCUCUGUACCAACAGUGGGAAGUGGGGAGGAAACCCACCAGCCUGUCUGGGUAAGACUGAAACUGAGACACUGGAUGAAUAUAUAUUAUGAACUGUCUCAAUUCGUUAGCCUCAAUUUGUCGGGGCAUGGACUCUACAAGGUGUGGAAAGCGUUCCACAGGGAUGCUGACCCAUGUUGACUCCAAUGCUUCCCACAGUUGUGUCAAGUUGGCUGGAUGUCUUUUGGGUGGUGGACCAUUCUUGAUACACACAGGAAACUGUUGAGCGUGAAAUACCCAGCAGCGUUACAGUUCUUGACACACUCAAACUGGUGCGCCUGGCACCUACUACCGUACCCCGUUCAUAGGCACUUAAAUAUUUUGUCUUUCCCAUUCACCCUCUGAAUGGGACACAUACACAAUCCAUGUCUCAGUUGUCUCAAGGCUUAAGAAUCCUUAUUUAACCUGUGUCCUCCCCUUUAUCUACACUCACUGAAGUGGAUAUAACAAGUGACCUCAUUAAGGGUUCAUAGCUUUCACCUGGAUUCACCUGGUCAGUCUAUGUCAUGGAAAGAUGUUCCUAAUGUUUUGUACACUCAGUGUAUAUUUACCAUAUUUAGUGUAUGUCAAUAAAUACAUGUUUUCAAACAGUGCAGUGUGUGUGCAGUGUGUAAUGAUGGUGUGUGUACAUACAGAUGUGGAUGAGUGUGCUUUGGGCUCAGACUGCGAUGAACACGCCAGCUGUCAGAACACAGAUGGCUCUUAUACCUGCACCUGUAUCCACCCCUACACCGGAGACGGGAAGAACUGCACAGGUAACACACACACAAACACGCACACACACGUACUGUAACAUACUGUAGGCCCAGACCAUACCACCUGAGCCCAAGGUUUUCCCCAGUCAGGUCCUGUGGUCAGGAAAAUAUCAUGGCCCCAGCAAUGACACUCUUCCUAGUUAUAUCACAAGCUACAAAACCCCUUAGCUACUGUAUAGUAAUGCCUCUCAUGCCUUAUCAUCAAACAAAUAGAGUUUACCAAAAUGUUUUAAUUCAUUACUAUCUAUUGGCACUUCAAGAUGCAGUAUGUAGCUACAGUACCAAACCUUUGUAGUAUUUUUUCUCUGCAUUUAUGUUAUCAAUCUAGAGCCAGUAAAGUGUGAGAACCCGGGGGCGCCAGAGUUUGGCUACCGGGACGGCAGUAACUUCCUGAUGGGAAGUGAGGUCGUGUUCACCUGCGAGGAGGGCUACGAACUGAUUGGCUCAUCGCAUGUCCAAUGCCUGGAGACAGGAACCUGGAAUGGUGUUUUCCCAUACUGCAGAGGUACAGAAAACAUCAACAUAUUUUACUGUACAUGUUAAUAUAUGGCAUGAUAAUAUACAGUGCCUUGCAAAAGUAUUCAUCCCCCUUGGCGUUUUUCCGAUUUUGUAGCAUUACAACCUGUAAUUUAAAUGGAUUUUUAUUUGGAUUUCAUGUAAUGGACAAAAAAGAAAAUGAAAUGAAAAAAAUAACUUGUUUAAAAAAAUUCAAAAAAAACUUGUUUAAAAGAUUUGUCCAUUUUGCAUAUGUAUUCAACCCCCUUUGCUAUGAAGCCCCUAAAUAAGAUCUGGUGCAACCAAUUACCUUCAGAAGUCACAUAAUUAAUUAAAUAAAGUCCAGCUGUGUGCAAUCUAAGUGUCACAUGAUCUGUCACAUGAUCUCAGUAUAUAUACUCUGGAGGCCCCAGAGUCUGCAACACCACUAAGCAAGGGGCACCACCAAGCAAGCAGCACCAUGAAGACCAAGGAGCUCUCCAAACAGGUCAGGGACAAAGUUGUGUACAGAUCAGGGUUGGGUUAUAAAAAAAUAUCAGAAACUUUGAACAUCCCACGGAGCACCAUUAAAUCCAUUAUUAAAAAAUGGAAAGAAUAUGGCACCACAACAAACCUGCCAAGAGAUGGCCGCCCACCAAAACUCACGGACCAGGCAAGGAGGGUAUUAAUCAGAGAGGCAACGAAGAGACCAAAGAUAACCCUGAAGGAGCUGCAAAGCUCCACAGCUGAGAUUAGAGUAUCUGUCCAUAGGACCACUUUAAGCCGUACACUCCACAGAGCUGGGCUUUACGGAAGAGUGGCCAGAAAAAAACCAUUGCUUAUGCUGUUGGGAUAUUUUUCAUCGGCAGGGACUGGGAAACUGGUCAGAAUUGAAGGAAUGAUGGAUGGCACUAAAUACAGGGAAAUUCUUGAGGGAAACCUGUUUCAGUCUUCCAGAGAUUUGAGACUAGGACGGAGGUUUACCUUCCAGCAGGACAAUGACCCUAAGCAUACUGCUAAAGCAACACUUGAGUGUUUUAAGGGGAAACAUUUAAAUGUCUUGGAAUGGCCUAGUCAAAGCCCAGACCUCAAUCCAAUUGAGAAUCUGUGGUAUGACUUAAAGAUUGCUGUAUACCAGUGGAACCAAUUCAACUUGAAGGAGCUGGAGCAGUUUAGCCUUGAAGAAUGGGCAAAAAUCCCAGUGGCUAGAUGUGCCAAGGUAUUGACUUUGGGGGGGGGGGGGGGGAAUAGUUAUGCAUGGUCAAGUUUUCUGUUUUUUUUGUCUUAUUUCUUGUUUGUUUCACAAGAAAAAUAUUUUGCAUCUUCAAAGUGGUAGGCAUGUUGUGUAAAUCAAAUGAUACAACCCCCAAAAAAAUCCAUUUUAAUUCCAGGUUGUAAGGCAACAAAAUAGGAAAAAUGUCAAGAGGGGUGAAUACUUUCGCAAGCUACUGUAUUGUACAAUGAUCAUCACAGUAUGUUUUAGUCUGUCCAAUUGUAUGAAAUGAUAUAACAUAGAUAUUUUUUUAAUGUUUUUGUCAUUUAGCAGAUGCUCUUAUCCAGAUCGACUUACAGGAGCAGUUAGGGUUAAGUGCCUUGCUCAAGGGCACAUCGGCAGAUUGUUCACCUAGUUGGCUCUGCGAUUCUAACUAGCGACCUUUUGGUUGCUGGGCUAACGCUCUUAACCGCUAGGCUACCUACCACUGACAUAACAUACAAAAUUAAUCCUCUUUUCACAUUAUGAUUUUCAUUGUUAGUAUCAGUAGAGAUCCAGCAUUAUGUAAAGUAUGUUAAUGUAUCCAGAAAUACCCAGUUUCAUGAUAGUCCAUUUACAUUUGAGUAAUCUAACACUACCCUCAUAUCCAGAGGGUACAGCCACUGCAUUCAAUGAGGUACUUAGACAACAACAUUAUAAAUAACACAAUUAUCCUGAUUAUGCCCAUCGAUCGUUUGUUACUCUCAGAUCUGCUUCUGGAUAGGCCUCUGGACCGGGCCACUGGCCACUGGAUCUAACCCUAUCCACACUGGUUCUUAUGUUGUUUGUCAAAAAGUUAUCAACCCUUUAUUAGACCCCAUUGAAAUAUGAGGAUACUGGCAGGUGAACUGAAGUUUUGGUUCAAAGUUUCAUAACAUAAUAGGACAUUAUACAGUCGUGGUCAAACGUUUUGAGAAUGACACAUAUACUAAUUUUUAGUUUUGAUGAUGGCAAUUUGCAUAUACUCAAUGCAUGAAGAGUGAUCAGAUGAAUUGCAAUUAAUUGCAAAGUCCCUCUUUGCCAUGAAAAUGAACUUAAACCCCAAAAAACAUUUUGGCUGCAUUUCAGCCCUGCCACAAAAGGACCAGCUGCCAUCAUGUCAGUGAUUCUCUCGUUAACACAGUGAGAGUGUUGACGAGGACAAGGCUGGAGAUCACUCUGUCAUGCUGAUUGAGUUAGAAUAGCAGACUGGAAGCUUUAAAAUGAGGGUGAUGCUUGAAAUCAUUGUUCUUCCUCUGUUAACCAUGGUUACCUGCAAGGAAACACGUGCCGUCAUCAUUGCUUUGCACAAAAAGGGCUUCACAGGCAAGGAUAUUGCUGCUAGUAAGAUUGCACCUAAAUCAACCAUUUAUCAGAUCAUCAAGAACUUCAAGGAGAGAGGUUCAAUUGUUGUGAAGAAGGCGUCAGGGCACCCAAGAAAGUCCAGCAAGCGCCAGGACCGUCUCCUAAAGUUGAUUCAGCUGCGGGAUCGGGGCACCACCAGUGCAGAGCUUGCUCAGGAAUGGCAGCAGGCAGGUGUGAGUGCAUCUGCACGCACAGUGAGGCAAAGACUUUUGGAGGAUGGUGUCAAGAAGGGCAGCAAAGAAGCCACUUCUCUCCAGGAAAAACAGGACUGGGGUGAAGUAAUUUUCUCUGAUGAAUCCCCUUUCCGAUUGUUUGGGGCAUCCGGAAAACACCUUGUCCGGAGAAGACAAGGUGAGCGCUACCAUCAGUCCUGUGUCAUGCCAACAGUAAAGCAUCCUGAGACCAUUCAUGUGUGGGGUUGCUUCUCAGCCAAGGGAGUGGGCUCACUCACAAUUUUGCCUUAGAACACAGCCAUGAAUAAAGAAUGGUACCAACACAUCCUCCGAGAGCAACUUCUCCCAACCAUCCAAAACAGUUUGGUGACGACCAAUGCCUUUUCCAGCAUGAUGGAGCACCUUGCCAUAAGGCAAAAUAUGAUUAAGUGGCUCAGAGAACAAAACAUCAACAUUUUGGGUCCAUAGCCAGGAAACUCCCCAGACCUUAAUCCCAUUGAGAACUUGUGGUUGAUCCUCAAGAGGCGGGUGGACAAACAAAAACCCACAAAUUCUGACAAACUCCAAGCAUUGAUUAUGCAAGAAUGGGCUGCCAUCAGUCAGGAUGUGGCCCAGAAGUUAAUUGACAGCAUGCCAGGGCGGAUUGCAGAGGUCUUGAAAAAGAAGGGUCAACACUGCAAAUAUUGACUCUUUGCAUAAACUUAAUGUAAUUGUCAAUAAAAGCCUUUGACACUUAUGGAAUGCUUGUAAUUAUAUUUCAGUAUACCAUAGUAACAUCUGACAAAAAUAUCUCAUAACACAGAAGCAGCAAACUUUGUGAAGACCAAUACUUGUGUCAUUCUCAAAACUUUUGACCACGACUGUAUUAUAGAACAACAUAACAUGAUCGAACAUUAUUUACCUAAGAACUUUCUGAAAGCAGUUUAUUUUAAUAAAACUGAUCAGCCCCCACGGUCUUGUCUUGUCCCUCAGCCCUCUCCUGUGGACAGCCCUCUGUCCCAGAGAACACUAUGAUGAUGGGGACCAACUUCACGUUUGGAAGCAAGGUGACUUUCAGGUACCACCGUCAGCCAUUUACAACAAGUGUCAUACUGACAAAGGAGACCAUUUAGACGUAACAACAAUAUGAAUUUGCUGUUACAUUGAGAUAAUGCUGCAUUAUGAGAUCAAAUAUAUUCUGUUCUAUAUUUUCUCUUUCCAAUUAAGAUACUGUAUGUGUUACUUACUGUAAAGAUAUCAACAACCAAAUGCAUUUCCAUGAGCAUUAAGCUGAUAGAUAGUUGUUGAAAUAAACCUCUAUUUACAUUGCCAUGUCUCCCGUAUUCCCCAUUAUGAAUGUAUCUAUAUCUCUCUGGUCCACUUCAGCUGCGUUAAGGGGUUCGUCCCAGGUGACCCCUAUGAUAUGCAGUGUCAAGCCAGUCUGAAGUGGAGCAGAGCGCCCCCUGCCUGUCAACCAGUCACCUGCGGGGACCCUCCACACGUAGACAAUUCAGAUUUCACCCUCAAAGGGAAAACCUACCUGUCCACAGUGAUCUACACCUGUGCAGAGGGAUACAGGUAAGGAUGAAGUCGGUCCUGGGUUAUCAUUUCUGGUCUUAUAUCCACAUAGCGUCUCAGAGUGGGAGUGCUGAUCUAGGAUCAGGUCUCCAACUGUCCAUAUAAUCGUAUUCAUCGUAAUCUAAAAGGUGAAACUGAUCCUAGAUCAGCAGUCCCUGGUAUUAUAGGUCUUAUAAAGGGUUCAUGAAGGCUUCAUAAAAGGAUAAGAUCCUUAUCCAUCUAAAAGUAUAAGACAUUCUAUAGAUUGAAGCUCCUCCCUCGAUGUAGUGACUGAAAGUGGUAGCUAGGAAAUAUGUGAUAGAAAGUAACAUACUACUGUUGCUGGGCAUACUGCUUAAAAGUGUUGUGAGUGUUAUAGAUUGUGUGUGUGUAUGAGUAUAGAUAUAUUGUGUGUAAAAGGUGUGCGUGUGUUAAGACUGCAGGGCUCUGAGGAGGUGGUGUGUGAGGCGUCAGGUGAGUGGAGCAGCCCCACCCCUUUGUGUGCCAGCAUACACUGUGGAGACCCUCCUGCCCUCGGAGACGCCGCGACCAUUGGGGACGACCACGCCCUGGGCAACAAGGUGCACUACGUCUGCAAAGAAGGGUAACUAGUAUGUUAACUCAAUUGAGGCCUUGUAUUCCAGGCAUUUGGGCUUUGCGAGUGUUGUAAGACAUGCCUCAAUGUUAGCGUUAGAGUUAUUACCAUUAAAGUCACAGUUCAAGUAAUCUCGUCCACCAGCCGGCUCUCUCUGUCAAACCGUCUGGUUUCACAAGUCUAUGGCAAGAGCGGACGAAACAACCGCUGAUUUUAAUUGGCUGAUCUCUCAGCUCAUUAGCAUAACCCUCCCCCCUACAUUGUGGUCUUCAAAGCGUGAGCAGGGCAAGUCAUUUAAGGAAGUGAGUUUGGAAAAUCUGAAAGUACGCAUCUUAGAAAUAGUUUUCACAUAUAAACGUUAUAUGCCUGAACUCCGAAUCAAUUGGGCUUCCGAAAAAAUUGUAUGGUUAACGUGAUAGAACAUUUAUUUUGAUUAGCGAAUAAUACAGCUGUAGCAUGCUCGCUCCCUCUCCCGCCUCGAUUUUAACCGCACCCUUUUCAAGUCCUACUUUGUUGCACAGUGUUACCAGGCUCAAUGCGUCAGCAAAUCGAGCUUGGGGCGAGGUUACAGUUCAAGUAGUUGUUACAGUAUGUAGUUGUACAAGCAGUAAUGGUAUACGAUUUUGUAUCUUUACUUUUAGUUAUAUUGUUGGAUUUAUUACUUCCUGUCCUGAUCCACAUUUUAUUGUCUCCGUGUCCCCACAGAUACACUCUGAUUGGACCAGAGACCAGAGAGUGCCUGUCAACUGGCCAAUGGAGUCCUACCUCCGCUCAGUGUGUCCCCCGCUCCUGUGGCCCUCCCCCUUCCAUAGACCACGCCAUUGCCCAUGCCGGCCACCAGCUGUUUGGCGACAUGGCCAACUACUUCUGCACAGACGGCUACACCGCCGGCAACAACUCCAAGGUUAUUCAUCUCUUUUAUUGCCCUUUGUUUGUUUUGAUGUCUUUCAUUUUAUUGUUAACAAAAAGUAAGUGUGUUGCGAUGCUAAAUGCAAAGUUAAAUAAAGUUUGAUUUGAUUUCAAGGUGGUCUGCAACGCCCAGGGACUGUGGGCGCCCCCCGAAGGCCAGGAGGCCCCUCGCUGCAUCGCCAACUUCUGCCAGCGCCCGCCUGACCUACCCCACGCCAUCUUGGACUCCGCCAAUAAACCCAAGUACGCCAGCAACACAGAGGUCAGCUACAAAUGUGAAGAGGGCUUCGUCCUCAACACAACCGCCACAUUGAAAUGCAUGAUUGGAGGGGAAUGGAUGCCCUCGCCAUACGAUGUGGGUUGCGUGCCGGUGCGGUGCUCCAAACCGACUGGCAUCGUGAGGGGGUAUGUGAGUGGAACCAACUAUAGUUUUGGAGCGAUGGUGGCGUACAGCUGUGAUAAGGGUUUCCUGAUCCGAGGGGAGAAGAGGAGGACAUGUAAGGCCAAUGGAGAGUGGGGAGGGGUCCUACCUGUCUGUCAGCCUGUCUCCUGCCCCUUCCCCCCGUCACUCAAAAAUGGAUUCAUCCAGGUACCUUGUUCCUAACUGUAUUCAUUACAAACAAAAAUAUUAUACAUUUUGUAAGUCCAUUAAUUGAGUAAAAACAACUACAAGUUAAAUUUCUGAGUUUCAACUUUGUAAUUGAUUCCAUCAGGCGGCCCACUCGUUCCUGUGCUUGGUCAUCUAAUUCGAUCAUAGAGAAAGAUCCUUCUCAUUCUUUCUGGCAAGAGAUCUUGCUUCAUCUCAGUCAAAACACAGUGUCCUCUCUGUACCAUAAAACAUCUUCUUCUGUGUUUCACACUACAGAAUAAAGGCCGUUUCAUCUUCAACAGCAAAGUGACAUACGCAUGCAACGCUGGCUACCGGCUGACGGGCCGUCCGGAGCGAUUGUGCCUGGCUAACCGCCAGUGGUCCAACGGCGACUCACCCGUCUGCCACCUCCUGACCUGCGACCCACCGCCCAGCAUCCUGCACGGCCAAUACCGUGGCUCCGUCUUCGAGGUGGGCCGCAAGGUCGAGUACGUCUGUGAUGAGGGCUACGAGCUUGCUGGUGACGGCGUGUGGACAUGUCUGAAGUACGGCAAGUGGGACAAAUCGAGGCGUCCGCGCUGCUCCCCGGUCCGGUGUCCAGAGCCGCCCCUAGAGGAGAACCACCUGGUUCUACGUAGUCUAGACUCCGACUCCGGAACUGUAGAACUGUCCUGCGAGGAGGGGUAUGUUCUCCACGGCGCCCGGACCCUCCGCUGCACCCCCGCCCAGGAGUGGAAUGACACCUUCCCCGUCUGCAAGCAGGUGUUCUGCGGCCCAUCUCCCGAGGUGGCCUUCGGCGACCCGUCGUCGGCACUGUUGUCGGCCCUGUCCUAUUUCGGCUCGGUGGUGAGCUACUCCUGCAUGGACGGGUUUACUCUGAGGAAGGAGGGGUCUGUGACCUGCCAGGCGGAUGGAUACUGGAGCAGCCCUGUCCCAGAGUGUAUACCAGUAGAGUGUCCCCAACCUGUAGAGAUAGCUAACGGUAUAGUGGAUGUUCAGGGACUGAUGUACCUCAGCACGGCCCUUUACAGCUGUAAACCUGGUUAUACUUUAGUGGGCAACACUACGGUACUCUGUGGUGAAAGUGGGCUAUGGAUUGGAGGCGUGCCUUCUUGUCGACCAAUCGAGUGCUCCAUCCCCAAAGAGAUACCCAAUGGGAAGGUGGCGUAUACCAAACUCCAGUUCAGCCACGCUGUCACCUACUCCUGUCGCCGUGGUUACCGUCUCCAAGGCCCCGAGACAUUGAAGUGUCUGGCAAACGGGCAGUGGGAUCAAGAAAACACCCUUGUGUGUCCAGAUCUACUGCGCCCCGCCCAAACCCAUAGACAACGGCUUCGUGGAGGGACUCGACCACAAAUUCGGCGUCACCAUCUUCUACAGCUGUUUCCCCAGCUUCCAAUUGGUCGGCCAGAACCACCUGACCUGCGAGGAGUUCGGUUGGUCUAGUUCUGUCCCAGUCUGUGUUCCCUCCGACUGCGGCCUGCCCCCUCAUAUCGACUUCGGCGAGUAUUUGAGGCUCUUGGAUCUGAACGCAGAGCUAGCCGGCAGGGAUGCGGCUAUAACCUCCAAGCCUAUAGGUGGCGCUACAGUGGCAUUUUCACCCACGGAUAUGAGCUUCCUGCAUGGGACUGUGAUAGUGUACCGCUGCCACAAGGGCUACGAGCUUACAGCCCCUACGGCCUUAUUGUGCCUGGAGGAUGGUGGAUGGAAUGGGACAGCUCCGAUGUGUGUCCCUUCAGAGUGUGAGGAGCCGCCCAGCCCGGACCACGGCUCUGUGAACAUCACAGACACAACCCUGGGCAGCCUGGUGAAGUACAGCUGUGAGGUGGGCUACGAGUUAGAGGGGGAGUCAGUCAGACAGUGUGUGGCGGCCCGACAGUGGAGCGAUGUACCGCCUGUCUGCCGACCUAUAACCUGCAAUGACCCGGGAAACAUUGAUAACGGCUCGAACCACGUGGACUCCUUUCUGUAUCUGGGAGUGUUGCGUUACGAGUGUAAUUCCGGGUUCAUCCUGAAGGGUGGCAACACCAGGACCUGUCAGGCAGACAGUAGGUGGGAUGGUGAGAAGCCGUGGUGUGAGCCUGUCUUAUGUGGCUCUCCAGUCGUCCCUAGUGAUGUCACUGUGAAGGGGAAGGAAUAUACGUUUAACAAACAGGUUGAGCUGAGCUGUAAGCCUGGAUUGUUCCUACAAGGCCCCUCUGUUAGUGUGUGUCAGGCCGAUGGUACAUGGAGUCAAGGGUCACCUGAAUGCCGCCUGGCAAACUGUGGCAGACCAACAUCCAUCCAAAAUGGUCAAGUCCUGGGCUCGGACUUUGGCUACGGUCGUGAGGUGCGUUACAAGUGCGAGGAGGGGUACAGCCUCAGCGGCGGCAACCCCACACGGUUGUGUCGCGGGGAUGGACUCUGGGGGGAAGGCCCUGCCCCUCGCUGUGACAUCAUUGCCUGUGGCCCGCCGCAGGACAUCAGCCACGGGUUCCUCAACGGCUCCAGCUUCAACUACGAUGACGUCGUCGAGUACGUGUGUUUCGACGGGUACGAGGUCGUUGGAGACCCCGUCCUCCGCUGUUCUGCCCAGGGCCACUGGCUUGGGACGGUACCAGAGUGCCUCCCCUGCCUCUGCACCCCUCCAGUGUUAAAAUAUGGGGUGGUGCUGGGGCACGACCACGCCUGCGGCGACCGGGUCUCCUUCCACUGUGAUGAGGGCUACAAGAUCCUGGGGCCGUCAGCGGCAACGUGUGAGAAGGGCGGGUUGUGGAGCCCAGGUGUUCCUGUGUGUGGCCGGGGGAGGUGUGUGGCCGCUCCGCCUACAAUACCCCACGCUGUCCUGCAGGGCGGCAGCGCCACUGCACCUGACACAGUCACCUACAGGUGCAGGCCGGGUUACCAGAUGAAGGGGUCCUACCCCCAUGUUACCUGUGGUAGGGAGGGCAGGUGGGGGGAGGUGAGGAUCAGCUGUGAGCCCGUCUCCUGUGGAGCGCCAACUCCUGUACCUCAUGCUCAGGUGGUGGGAGAGAUAUUCACCUUUGGGAGCCAGAUCCAAUACAGGUGAAUAUGAACUUCUGUAUCUUAUUUGUCCAAUCUUUGUGUUAGAGAAGUACCACUAUUCAAGUAGAUAGUAUGGUAUUUCAUUUCCCUCUCCCCCCUCUCUCCAGGUGUGAUGAGGGGUAUGAGCUGUCCAGCCAGUCUGACUCUCUAAGCUGUCAAUCUGAGGGCACCUGGUCUAAACACAGCAUCAGGUGCCGCCCCGCCCCGUGUUCGCUCCCUGCCAACCUCACCACCCACGUCCUGGUCACGGGGGAGGACCUCACCCCGGUUGGGGGGGUAGUCACCCUCUCCUGCCCAACGGGUUUCAUCCUGCAGGGACCAGGCCUGGCAGAGUGCCAAGUGAGACUGCUACUGUGUCAAAUUUUAAUGUGGUGAAAUUUGUUUUUUCAUCAAUUGCAUUGAUGUUUUGGCCCAAAAGGCCUUCAUCAGAAUGCUGAAGAAUAACAGACAGAACCUAGUCAGAACUUUACCUCUGGUAAAUUUUAUCACCUUUUAUCUCGACUACUGGGUUAUUCACAUCAUUCAUUUCAUGUGAUUUAGCUAAAUGUUAGCUAAAUGUUUACUGAAUAUUAAUUAAUUUCAUGACUAUUUCUUUAUGUUAUACGGUAGCUGGGUGGUAACUGGUCUCCAGGCCUCUCCUCUGUGUCCUGUGGUCUGGUGGUUUGUGAGAAACCUCCUCUUCUUCCACAUGGCAUCACUGAGGGGGACAGUUACAGCUACGGAGACAUUGUCUUGUACACCUGCCUGCCUGGGUUUGAGAUGAAGGUAAUAUUUGACAGUCUGAUACAAUAUUAUACCACCACAAUAUUAUAUUAUUACAGAAUUAUUACAAUAUUAUUAAAGAAUAGAGAAACAAAUAUUGGUAUUUCCAGAGACCAAAAAGCUGAACAGAUAAACACAUUUUUGAUUUGCAGGAGGGUGGAAUUACAUUGAAUCAAAGUUAUAAUAAUAUUAAUUAUUAUGAUUAUAUUUUGAUAGAGAAUAGAGAGCAAUGCAUCAUGGUAGAUUUGAGAUUGCUACAGUGAGAAAUCUAAUAAAUGUCACUAUCACUCUUACUUUGGGUGAAACCUGAGAGCCUGUCAAACACACUAUGUGCAUUGCCUAGGCACAUUUUCUAUUACUGGAAAUCACGACAUCAUUUCCCCAAAACCAUUAAUGAAAGUGCAUGCUGAGUCAUAAUGGAAGCAGAGAGAGCUGAGUGAGUCUGUGUUAACAGAUAGAUUCACAAUUCCCAGUGUCUAUUUUUGUAUAGAUACACGGUGUCUGUAAUAAGGCAACUCACUCUAUUACAGGGAGACUCUGUACAGACCUGUCAAGGAGGAGGAACAUGGAGUGGGGCUCAGCCUAUGUGUGUCAGUAAGUGUGUGUGUGUGUGUGUGUGAGAGAGAAGUUUUGAUAUAGAAUGGAAUUGUUCAUUUGUGUCAAUUUGCAUACUGAUAGAAUGUGCGUGAGUGAAUACGUUUAAAUGCACCAAUUUAGCAGAAAUGAUUACUAUUUUCCACAUCCAAAUGUCCUGUGUCCUCAGCUGUAUCAUGUGGCCCACCUCCCUCUGUGGAGAAUGCAGAGGUACAGACAUCAGAUGAAACGUACCAGGGCAACGUCACCUAUGUGUGCAACCCUGGCUUACACCUGGUUGGCCCACAGAACCUCACCUGUCUGGCCAAUGGAACAUGGACCCUGCCUGCACCAACAUGUGAAGGUAUGGAAGACCCGUUAUUCCAGGUUGAUCAUAUUGUCCUCUAAGGUAUUUAAGACAGGUAACUUGUAAUCUACUCGAGCUAUUGAAAUAGACAAUGGAAAAAUCAUCAUCAAUUAGUUCUUCAUAUCUCUCUCUUUCCCUCCCUCUCUCUCUCUCGCUCUCUUUCUCCCUCUCCUCUCAGUUGGCCAGGGUUGUGGCAUCCCCAAGGAGCUGUUAAAUGGUAGGGUGCAGGAACAGAACCUGACCACCGGGCGUGCUGUUGCGUUUCAGUGUGAUAAAGGCUACACCCUACAGGGUGACGCUCUGGUGGUGUGUAUGGGAGACGGGACAUGGAGCUCCAUCUUCCCCUUCUGUCAACGUAAGACUUCGAGACAAACCAACAUCACUACAACAUCACAACCAACAUGAAUGUGUUACAGGAGUUUUUCUGGGACAGGUCACAUGGUCAGGGAUACCUCCUGGCCCUAUUCAUAGACAAAAUAAAGGAGACAAUCAAUGCUGCUGGUUUUAUCUUAUUCAUUUAUCUCAGGCUCUGUUCUUUCUAUUUGUUUACAAUCUGGAAUAGAGUAAAUAGGCAUUUAACGUCAUAGAUUUAGCCGGUGGUAAAAUUCUAGAUGCUGUUUUAACCAAUCAGCAUUCAGGAUUAGACCCACCCGUUGAAUAAUUGUUUCCAAUCUACACACUGACUGUUGAAACCGAUCAGAGAUACCAGUUGUAUUUCCUCACAUUCUUUAGUUUACACAACAGACCACAGAGGGAGGGGAGGGCCGAUGCACACAAUGCUUGGCAUAUUUCGCAACAUCCCCACCCACUGUUUCACAUGCUGUUUCAAAACUGACUUCGUCAGUAGCUAACAACCUGAAAAUAAUAUCAUGAAGAGCACCGAGCACACAGCUUGCAUAGUCUCACAAACAUUUACACACCUUGUUAUGACAUUUACAUGUAGCACCUGGGUUUAUGCCGAACCUGUCUGUAAUCCACCAUUAUACUCUAUACAUAAGCAUGAAUUGUCUCCAACUGGUAUUCUUCUCACAAACAUUUUACCCACAUAGACAUUUGUCAAACCUGUCUACAGUGUAAUCCAAUACUACAGGAUACUCUGUGUCUCCCCAUGCAGCCAAGCCGUGUCCCCCUCCCCCUGGAUGGAAGGUGAGCAGUGGGAGUGUGAACACCUCUAAAAAGCUGUUCUACGUGGGCCAGUCAUUACCGUUCACCUGUCCCAAAGGUCACCAGGCCAAGGCCAAGGCCACCACCACCAUCACCUGUAGGACAGACCAGACAUGGACCCCAAUCAGCACUGUCUGUGAGAGUGAGUAGAUAGACUUUUAACUACUGUUCUUUAAUCCUGGUUCUGGUCCUGGAGACCUACUUGGGGGGCAGGGUUUUGUUCCAGCCCAGUACUAACAUACCCGAUCAGGUCGUUAUUGUAAAAGAGAAUGUGUUCUCAAUUACCUUAAUUGGCAUGGUUAAAUAAAGAUAAUGGUAAACCAUUUCAACCACGAAAACAAGGGUUUAGUUGAAUCAGGUGUGUUAGCGCAGGACUUGAAGGAAAGCCUUAACACCAAAACCUACCACAUCAUGACAACAUAGUACACUACUCCGAGAGUGUCUGGUCAGCAAUGUAAGAUAUGACUGGUAGAUCGACUACACCAACCCAUCAAUUACCAGGAACGAGACAAGGAUUUCAAGAUAAAGUGUACAAUUCUAGGUCAAGAUAGAGGGAUUUAAUCUUCAUUUCUCAUUCUCUCACCAUCCCUUCACCUGGUACACUUUAAGGUUAUUGGUUUAUUAAAAACAAAAACAGCCAUAAAAACAGUACAGCCAUAAAGUGUGUUCUCUAGUUUGCGUCCUAAAUGGCACCCUGUUCCCUAUAUAGUGCACUACUUUUGACCCGAGCCCUAUGGGCCCUUGUUUUAAAAGCAGUGCACUAUAAAGUGAAUUUCAGACGCAGCCUAGGUAGAACAUCCAUGUUCCAGAGGGUAGCUCUGACGGAUUAGAUAUGAGUUACUGAGAUGAAGACGGUUGAGUAUGAGUCAUCAUAUUGAUAUUGUUGCAUCAUCAUCAUCAUCAUGUUGCCGGUGAUACUUUAAAAGUCCAAUAUCUUGAAAACUUGACUGCUGACAUGCAAAUCCUUUUGUGACUGUAUCAACAGUGAACUAACGGGAAAAAUAUAUAGUUUUUCAGUGGUUACCCUUUAACCGGGUAGGAGCCCACUCCAAUAUACUGUUUUCCCUUUAUUUAACCAGGUAAGUCAUUGAGAACAUGUUCUCUUUUACAAUAAUGACCUGAAAAGAGAUCUAGUUCUUUCUUAGACUCCUAGUAUCACUCCACGUUCCCAACAGACAACAAGACAGUCAGAUAUCACUUGAGUCUGUGGGUGUAAAAGAGAAACACAUUGUAUUCUCACACAAGUGGUUACACGUACCGAUACAUGCCUUGACCCAUGAACAGAACAUGUUAAAACCACACAGGCAUGUUUUUAGCAGUUUUAGCUGCUUACAUACUGAAUCCCCUGUCGUUCUGAAAUCCCAACACAGUGGUUAGAAAUGUGUAAACUAGCAAGGAUUAUGAAAACAUGAUUCACAGAGGGAAAUCCCUGACACAUUUUACAUUUUUUGUCAUUUUAGCAGACGCUCUUAUCAUGUUCAAACUGGCCCCCGUGGGGCUGAGCUACAGGGGAAUACUCUGGUUAUUUGCAUAGCAAAAGCAUUUCCUGUUGCUGUGUUCGCUUCCAAGCUUGUGUUUCUCUAAUGAAGGGUGGGGUUGGGUCUGUACUUGUACAAAGAGGCAUCUGUGCAGUGGCUUAGGUGAUAUAAUGGUCUCUCUCUGGGAUAAUUUGGGUCAUGAUACUGAAUCAAGUCCACUGUUUUUUCUAAAACGAUUUUUACUAUCCAGAAGUGAAUCGAUUCAUAACAUAACAGUUAUAGAAAUCCAUCAAAAACAAUGAAUCUACAUAAAAGAUCCACCACACAUUGUUUCUCUUAUGCUAUCCGCAUGGCCUGCCUACUGCACAUUGGGCAUGGAUCCUUACUAUGUUCUGUUGGACUUUUCCAUCACCUCCUCUCCCGUCUCUGUGGGCAGCGUGUGUUAGGCUGGAUGAAUGGGUUACACAUUAAGCAGAUCUAUAAUAAUAAUAAUAUGCCAUUUAGCAGACGCUUUUAUCCAAAGCGACUUACAGUCAUGUGUGCAUACAUUUUUACAUAUGGGUGGUCCCGGGGAUCGAACCCACUACCCUGGCGUUACAAGCGCCAUGCUCUACCGAUUGAGCUACAGAGGACCACAAGAUCUGUUGUCUUCAUAGCAUGUCAAUGCUCAAACUCAUUAUUGGCUGAGCUACAGGUGAGACAUUCCAAAGAUGUUUACGUUCUUCAACGUGCAUUAUUUUAACAAAAAAUAGAUAAAACAACAACAGUUUGAAAAAAAGAGCAGAAGUAAAAAAUAAAGUGACAGUAGGGAGGCUAUAUAUACAAUAGAAUAAAGUGACAGUAGGGAGGCUAUAUAUACAGGGGGGUACCGUUGCAUAGUCAAUGUGCGGGGGCACCGGCUAGUUGAGGUAAUAUGUACAUGUGGGUAGAGUUAAAGUGACUAUGCAUAAAUACUUAACAGAGUAGCAGCAGCGUAAAAAGGAUGGGGUGGGGGGGCAGUGCAAAUAGUCCGGGUAGCCAUGAUUAGCUGUUCAGGAGUCUUAUGGCUUGGGGGUAGAAGCUGUUGAGAAGUCUUUUGGACCUAGACUUGGCACUCCGGUACCGCUUGCCGUGCGGUAGCAGAGAGAACAGUCUAUGACUAGGGUGACUGGAGUCUUUGACAAUUUUGAGGGCCUUCCUCUGACACCGCCUGGUAUAGAGGUCCUGGAUGGCAGGGAGCUUUGCCCCAGUGAUGUACUGGGCCGUACGCACUACCCUCUGUAGUGCCUUGCGGUCAGAGGCCAAGCAGUUGCCAUACCAGGCGGUGAUGCAACCAGUCAGGAUGCUCUCGAUGGUGCAGCUGUAGAAUUUUUUGAGGAUCUGAGGACCCAUGCCAAAUCUUUUUAGUCUCCUGAGGGGGAAUAGGCUUUGUCGUGCCCUCUUCACGACUGUCUUGGUGUGUUUGGACCAUGAUAGUUCGUUGGUGAUGUGGACACCAAGGAACUUGAAGCUCUCAACCUGUUCCACUACAGCCCCGUCGAUGAGAAUGGGGGCGUGCUCAGUCCUCUUUUUUUUCCUGUAGUCCACAAUCAUCUCCUUUGUCUUGGUCACGUUGAGGGAGAGGUUGUUGUCCUGGCACCACACGGCCAGAUCUCUGACCUCCUCCCUAUAGGCUGUCUCAUCGUUGUCGGUGAUCAGGCCUACCACUGUUGUGUCGUCGGCAAACUUAAUGAUGGUGUUGGAGUCGUGCCUGGCCAUGCAGUCAUGGGUGAACAGAGAGUACAGGAGGGGACUGAGCACGCACCCCUGAGGGGCCCCCGUGUUGAGGAUCAGUGUGGCAGAUGUGUUGUUACCUACCCUUACCACCUGGGGGCGGCCCGUCAGGAAGUCCAGGAUCCAGUUGCAGAGGGAGGUGUUUAGUCCCAGGAUCCUUAGCUUAGUGAUGAGCUUUGAGGGCACUAUGGUGUUGAAUGCUGAGCUGUAGUCAAUGAAUAGCAUUCUCACGUAGGUGUUCCUCUUGUCCAGGUGGGAAAGGGCAGUGUGGAGUGCGAUAGAGAUUGCAUCAUCUGUGGAUCUGUUGGGGCGGUAUGCAAAUUGGAGUGGGUCUAGGGUUUCUGGGAUUAUGCUGUUGAUGUGAGCCAUGACCAGUCUUUCAAAGCACUUCAUGGCUACAGACGUCAGUGCCACGGGUCGGUAGUCAUUUAGGCAGGUUAUCUUAGAGUUCUUGGGCACGGGGACUAUGGUGGUCUGCUUGAAACAUGUUGGUAUUACAGACUCAGUCAGGGACAUGUUGAAAAUGUCAGUGAAGACACUUGCCAGUUGGUCAGCACAUGCUCGGAGUACACGUCCUGGUAAUCCGUCUGGCCCUGCGGCCUUGUGAAUGUUGACCUGCUUAAAAGUCUUACUCACAUCGGCUACGGAGAGCGUGAUCACAUAGUCGUCCGGAACAGCUGGUGCUCUCAUGCAUGCUUCAGUGUUGCUUGCCUCGAAGCGAGCAUAGAAGUGGUUUAGCUCGUCUGGUAGGCUUGUGUCACUGGGCAGCUCGCGGCUGUGCUUCCCUUUGUAGUCUGUAAUAGUUUUCAAGCCCUGCCACAUCCGACGAGCGUCAGAGCCAGUGUAGUAUGAUUCAAUCUUAGACCUGUAUUGACUCUUUGCCUGUUUGAUGGUUCGUCGGAGGUCAUAGCGGGAUUUCUUAUAAGCGUCCGGGUUAGAGUCCCGUUCCUUGAAAGCGGCAGCUCUACCCUUUAGCUCAGUGCGGAUGUUUCCUGUAAUCCAUGGCUUCUGGUUGGGGUAUGUACGUACGGUCACUGUGGGGACGACAUCAUCGAUGCACUUAUUGAUGAAGCCAGUGACUGAUGUGGUGUACUCCUCAAUGCUGUCUGAAGAAUCCCUGAACAUGUUCCAGUCUGUGCUAGCAAAACAGUCCUGUAGCUUAGCAUCUGCGUCAUCUGACCACUUUUUUAUUAGCCGAGUCACUGGUGCUUCCUGCUUCAGUUUUUGCUUAUAAGCAGGAAUCAGGAGGAUAGAGUUAUGGUCAGAUUUGCCAAAUGGAGGGCGAGGGAGAGCUUUGUAUGCGUCUCUGUGUGUGGAGUAAAGGUGGUCUAGAGUUUUUUCCCCUCUGGUUGCACAUUUAACAUGCUGGUAGAAAUGAGGUAGAACGGAUUUAAGUUUCCCUGCAUUAAAGUCCCCUGCUACUAGGAGCGCUGCAUCUGGAUGAGCGUUUUCCUGUUGAUUAAUGGCCUUGUACAACUCAUUCAGUGCAAUCUUAAUGCCAGCAUUGGUUUGUGGUGGUAAAUAGACAGCUAUGAAAAGUAUAGAUGAAAACUCUCUUGGUAAAUAGUGUGGUCUACAGCUUAUCAUAAGAUACUCUACCUCAGGCGAGCAAAACCUUGAGACUUCCUUAGUAUUUGAUUUUGUGCACCAGCUGUUGUUUACAAAAAUACAGAGACCGCCACCCCUCGUCUUACCCGAGUCUGCCGUUCUGUCCUGCCGAUGUAGCGUAUAGCCUGCUAGCUGAAUGUUGUCAUUGUUGUCAUUCAGCCACGACUCCGUGAAACAUAAGAUAUUACAGUUUUUAAUGUCCCGUUGGUAGGAUAACCGUAAUCUUAAAUCGUCCAUUUUAUUAUCCAAAGCUUGAACGUUGGCUAAUAGGAUUGAUGGGAGAGGCAGUUUACUCGUUCGCCGUCGGAUCUUUACAAGGCACCCCGACCUACGUCCACGGUAUCUCCGUCUCUUCCUCACGCGAAUGACGGGGAUCUGGGCCUUGUCUGGAGUCUGUAGAAUAUCCUUCGCGAACGCCUCGUUGAAAAAAAAGUGUUCGUCCAACGCGAGGUGAGUAAUCGCUGUCCUGAUAUCCAGAAGCUCUCUUUGGUUAUAAGAGACGAUGGCAUAAACAUUAUGUACAAAAUAAAUUACAAAUAACGCGGAAAAACACACAUAAUAGUACAAUUGGUUAGAGGGCUGUAAAACGGCAGCCAUCUUCUUCCGGCGCUGUUCUUCGAAACAUAGUAUGUUUGCAACUCAUUAUGGGCUUUAAGCUGCUAUGGAAACCAUUCACAGUGUGUUUACACUGUGUUUUAAUUCUCCCUAACGUGCAUGAUUGUUUGUUGGUGAUAGUGUUGGUUUACAGUACAGUGCUGUUUGGUAUGGUGUGUGGAGGUCAAUGUAUUUGCAUUUCUGCCUGGCUCUUGCUUGUUGAGGCCUGCCCUGUGGACUCCAACACUAACUGAUUCUCAUUGGUUGGUUUGGUUUUCAAGGCCUUCUUACAAGGAACACAUACUGUAGAAUCACAAACACAAGCACACAUUUUGGAUACAUCAUUUGACACAUCUUUGCAUGGCAUUCACACUUUUUUCCUUCAACGCGAUCUUUAUAGUCAGGUGGUUCUAUUGAAGGGAAAAUAUGAAGCAAUGUUGGUCCAUUGAAUAGCAGAAACAGACUGCUUGCUUACAAUUAAAACUCACUUAUUUCAAGCACACAGUGGCCCAAAUGAGUUUAAAGGCACAUGUGUGAUAACAUGUAUAUAACAUGUGCAUAUAACAUGGGCAUAACAUGUGGCCCAAAUUAGUUGUAAGUAACCAGAGGGUCUGUCCGUCCGUUUCGGAACAGGGGUCUCCUGCGGCCCCCCUCUCCACGUGGCCCACGGGGUGGUGCGGGGGGCGGUGUUCCAGUUCGGGGACCUGGCGGUGUACUCGUGUUUUGGAGGGUACGCCAUGGAGGGCCACAGCAGGAGUGUGUGUCUGGAGAACGGGACCUGGACCCCCCCUCCCGCCUGCAGAGGUAGAGAGACUGCACCCCUACUGCGUCCUAAAAGGAGGACAUCCUCUACUCCUGACAGCUUGCGUGCCCUCCCCUCUGCUUCUCCAGUCCCUUGUACUGAGCACAUUCACCACUCCACUCGUACACUUCCCACUUUACUUUUACAUACUAGAUAGCAGGGUUGUCCUGGGAUGCCUGUGUCUAAGGCACCAUCAGUUAUGAAUUGAACCGUUUCUAUAAAGGAAUGCUGUCUUUAUGAAUGCUAGUUUUAUCCCAGUGCAUGAAGUCGCAUGGUCAAGGCCCAAUCACAGCAUGGCUACCAGUCACAUUUUCUCAUUUCUAUUUAACAGGAUUGGCUAUUUUAACUGAAUGCUUUCUCUCCCAUCUACACAUUCAUUAGAUGGGGACUGUUUGGAGGAUGUGUCAGUAUUUUGGCUUUAAUAAGGCAUGUGUGUUUGUGUGCCUUUCCUCUCCAGCGGUGUGUUGGCUGCAGUGCCUGAACGGAGGGGUGUGUCACAGACCAAACACCUGUUCCUGUCCUGAGGGGUGGAUGGGUAGACUGUGUGAGGAACGUAAGUAUUAUAAAUCAAUCAAUCACAUUUAUUUUGAAUGGAUGGGCAGACAGUGUCCUAGAAACAAAAAUAGACACACUGGGCAUUGUGAAUCUAUCUGUGAACACAGACUCACUCAGAUAUUUUUACAUUUUAGUCAUUUAGCAGACGCUCUUAUCCAGAGCGACUUACAGUUAGUGAGUGCAUACAUUUUUCAUACUGGCCCACCGUGGGAAUCGAACCCACAACCCUGGCGUUGCAAGCGCCAUGCUCUACCAACUGAGCUACAGUUAUCUCUGCUUCCAUUAUGACUCAGCAUGCAGUUUCCUUAAUAGUUUUGGGGAAAUGAUGUAACGUGAUUUCCAGUAACAGAAAAUGUGCCUAGGCAAUGCACAUAGUGUGUUUGGCAGGCUCUCAGGUUUCACCCAAAGUAAGAGUGAUAGUGACAUUUAUUAGAUUUCUUUCUAUAGCAAUCUCAAAUCUACCAUGAUGCAUUGCUCUCUAUUCUCUAAUCAAUAUGAUUAUAACUUUGAUUCAAUGUAAUUCCACCCUCCUGCAAAUCAAAAAUGUGUUUAUCUGUUAUGCUUUUUGGUCUCUGGAUGUACCAAUAUUUUUAAUCUGGAGCAUUUAAAAAAAACUCCCAUAGGCCUAUUUCCUGUGGAAUCAUAGCACCUGCUUUGUGAUUGUAUUAUAAUCAUACAAUCGUUUUUGCCAAAAUUGUAGCAAAACAUGAUAUUUUUUCUCUGUUCUGUAAUAAUAUUGUAAUAAUACUCUAAUAAUAUAAUAUUGUAAUUAUAGAGGGAGAGAUAAAGAACUAGAGUGAGUGUGUGAGAGAGAGAGAGAGAGAGAGAGAGAGAGGUAGCACAUGAAGAAAAAUAGAUGUAGAUUGAGAGAGAAACAGUAGAGAGAGAGAGAGAAGUAUUUGGACCUCACUCCCUACUCUCAUCACAACCAAAGAGUCUGUGUUAGAGAAAGUGGAUCCACACUGCAGCCAUGAGAAGACCCACACUGUUUCACUGACUCUGGGAAAUUCACUCUCUUUGACUAGAUUAACUUUACAGAGUUAAGGAGAUUCACAAUCCCCUUCUGUGUGAAAUCUUUUCACAUCCUUUUUUUGCAUUAUUUUUCCCAAGUGAGAGGGGUUGAGUCCGAAAUGGCACCCUAUUCACAGUAUAUAGAGCACUCAUUGAUUGGGCUCUGAUGAAAAGUACCACACUAUAUAUACAUGUAUAUACACUGAACAAAAUAUAUAAAGGCAACAUGCAACAAUUUCAAAGAUUUUACUGAGCUACAGUUCAUAUAAGGAAAUCAGUCAAUUAAAAUAAAUGCAUUAGGCUCUAAUCUAUGGAUUUCACAUGACUGGGAAUACAGAUAUGCAUCUGUUGGUCACAGAUACCUUAGAAAAAGAAUUGGGGCGUGGAUCAGAAAAACCAGUUAGUAUCUGGUGUGACCACCAUUUACCCAAUGCAGCGUGACACAUCUCCUUCGCAUGUAGUGAAUCAGGCUGUUGAUUGUGGCCUGUGGAAUGUUGUCCCACUCCUCUUCAAUGGCUGUGCGAAGUUGCUGGAUAUUGGAGGGAACUGGAACACGCUGUCGUACACGUCGAUUCAGAGCACACCAAACAUGCUCAAUGGGUCUGAUGAGUAUGCAGGCCAUGGAAGAACUGGGACAUUUUCAGCUUCCAGGAAUUGUGUACAGAUCCUUGCGACAUGGGGCCGUGCAUUAUCAUGCUGAAACAUGAGGUGAUGGCGGCGGAUGAAUGGCACGACAAUGGGCCUCAGGAUCUUGUCACGGUAUCUCUAUGCAUUCAAAUUGCCAUCGAUAAAAUACAAUUGUAUUCGAUAUCCGUAGCUUAUGCCUGCCCAUACCAUAACCCCACUGCCACCAUGGGGCACUCUGUUCACAACAUUGACAUCAGCAAACCGCUCGCCCACACAACGCCAUACACGUGGUCUGCCAUCUACCCGGUACAGUUGAAACCGGGAUUCAUCCGUGAAGAGCACACUUCUCCAUCGUGCAAGUAGCCAUCGAAGGUGAGCAUUUGCCCACUGAAGUUGGUUAUGACACCGAACUGCAGUCAGGUCAAGACCUUGGUGAGGAUGACGAGCACACAGAUUAGCUUUUAAUAGACGGUUUCUGACAGUUUGUGCAGAAAUUCUUCGGUUGUGCAAAACAUCAUCAGCUGUCUGGGUAGCUGAUCUCAUACGAUCCUGCAGGUGAAGAAGCCGGGUGUGGAGGUUUUGGGCUGGCAUGGUUACACGUGAUCUGCGGUUGUGAGGCCGGUUGGACGUACUGCCAAAUUCUCUAAAACGACGUUGAAGGUGACUCAUGGUAGAAAAAUUAACAUUCAAUUCUCUGGCAACAGCUCUGGUGGACAUUCCUGCAGUCAACAUGCCAAUUGCACGCUCCCUCACAACUUGAGACAUCUGUGGCAUUGUGUUGUGUGACAAAACUGCACAUUUUAGAGUAGCCUUUUAUUGUCCCCAGCAGAAGUGCACCUGUGUAAUGAUCAUGCUGUUUAAUCAGCUUCUUGAUAUGCUACACUUGUCAAGUGGAUGGGUUAUCUUGGCAAAGGAGAAAUGCUCACUAACAGGGAUGUGAACAAAUUUGUGUACAAAAUGAGAUAAGCUUUUUGUGCAUAUGGAACAUUUCUGGGAUCUUUUCUUUCAGCUAAUGAAACAUGGGACCAACACUUUAUAUGUUUUGUUUAUAUUUUUGUUCAGUAGGGUAGUACACUAUAUAAGGAAUAGGGUGCCAUUUUGGACGUAGCCGGAGAGAAGGCUGCUCUUUUGACAUUGCUUCCUACCCACCACACACAGCUUGCCUGUGGUGGAUGACCCCAUAGGCCUAGUCAGUGAGGUGAAAGACAAUUGAGGACGACUUUGUUUGUGUUUGUCCAAUCAAAUCACAGCGAUCUGCAUCCUGCCGUGUCUGAACGGCGGGCGGUGCGUGGCGCCCUAUCAGUGCGAGUGUCCCACGGGCUGGAUGGGGACACGCUGCCACAGCGGUGAGUGUGUAUGUGUUGUCUCAGUCUGUCUGUCUGUGUGUGUAUGUGUGUGUGUGUGUUUCAGUGAGUGUGUGUGAGGAGGUCAGUGACUUAAGACAGGUCCUUCCCUUAUAUACUUACUCAGUUUUCUUUGUGAUGUCUCAGACUACCUUUCUAACAGCAUGUCUCCCAUUGACUUUCUGUAUGUUUGAUAAGACUUUUGUAUGGAAAAUAUUAUCUUGUUGCCUCAAUGGCGAUAGGAGAUAGUGAAAGAUACUGUACAGUAUGUCAACAGGCUGUCACGGAUAAAACAUUUGAGCUGUCCCAAAUGUGACAACAUUUAGAGUUUUCUUAAAACUAUUUUUCUUAAAAGAGGUAAUAGGAGUUUUUUCCCACACCUCAUAGUUAGGAUGGAGACUUAAUAGCUGACUUUUUAAGACAUCUGUCUAGAAUAUAUUUAAUAUUGUGUUCUAGGCUGAUAAUGAAGGGUGAGAGACUGAUUUUUAAGUGUUGAUGACGUCGGGGAGAGAAUUAAUUAAUGAUCAGAGAUACUUAUCCACCCAUUCAGUCUGUGUCAGCGUGCGUCAUACUGUAAGCUACUGUUGUAGCAGUAAUGCUGCGUCCAUGAAAACCAAUGUGUUUGCUGUGAUAGUCAUUGUUCCUUAACAGAGCCCAAAGCAAACACUGCAAUCAUCAUAGAAGCAUGGACAGAAAUGCUGUCCUAUAGAAACAGACUACCUCUCUGACUGUAUCAAUUCCUGAGGGGCGAUUUGUAAGGCAUUGUCAGUGAGUGGCGACAACACAACUUCUGCUGUACAGUAUGUUACUGUGCUUUGGUUUUUCCACAAACAAUGAUGUCAUCCUCUCAAUAUGGAUGUGGUUAAUACUGAAACAAAGAUACUGUCUCUUCUUUUCCAUUGCGUCUUUGCUCAUGUCCUCUUUCUGUGUGAAUGUAGUUUUGGUAUGCAUUUCAGGAGAAUAUGAAUGUGGAAAACACUAUUAAUAGUGAUAAUGUAAUUUAACGUAGCAGGUGUAAAAGAAACGCCUGAAACUACAUAUAGAUCCCCUACAUACUGGUUUUGAUGGGAAGAGAAAAAACUGUCGGGGGAGGUUCUCUUCUGCACUGUUCAACCAAUCCAGUAAAUGUGGAAGAGGAGUUAAGAGUGUUGCCUUGUUAACGUCCAAAAGCGGAAGUCGAGUCACAGGCUCUCUUUUCAUUUCCCCUGAAAAUCGGAACAUCCGGUUGUUGGGGACUAUCCAGAGGCUAGUGAUAGUGUACCUAGAAAAAUUAUGAGCACAAGUCAUGCUGCACAGAGGGAUGACUGCAUUCCCAGUUCGCCUGAGUAAUUGAGUACCACAGUAUCAGUCAUAAAACCCAGAAAUGGUUCCAAUCGUUUUUUUCACCGUUGAUUUUUCCAUCUGGGAUUUUCGAACUACUUCAUAUAAGGUCUGUGUUUCGUAUAGGCUUACCCUGGCGUUUUGAUAACCGCACAAAUCUCUCUCAAACAAGGUAACUAUUAUAAAUAAUUAGCAUUGCAAAUUUGAGAGUAAAUUGAGGCAAAUAUAUUGAUAAAACUCACCUUGUCUGAGAGAGAAUUACACGGCUAUCAAAUGUCAGGCCAAGGUAAACCUACACUAAACACAAUAAACUGUAUACAGUGGGGGAAAAAAGUAUUUAGUCAGCCACCAAUUGUGCAAGUUCUCCCACUUAAAAAGAUGAGAGGCCUGUAAUCUUCAUCAUAGGUACACAUUUUUAAUGAAUUUAUUUGCAAAUUAUGGUGGAAAAUAAGUAUUUGGUCACCUACAAACAAGCAAGAUUUCUGGCUCUCACAGACCUGUAACUUCUUCUUUAAGAGGCUCCUCUGUCCUCCACUCGUUACCUGUAUUAAUGGCACCUGUUUGAACUUGUUAUCAGUAUAAAAGACACCUGUCCACAACCUCAAACAGUCACACUCCAAACUCCACUAUGGCCAAGACCAAAGAGCUGUCAAAGGACACCAGAAACAAAAUUGUAGACCUGCACCAGGCUGGGAAGACUGAAUCUGCAAUAGGUAAGCAGCUUGGUUUGAAGAAAUCAACUGUGGGAGCAAUUAUUAGGAAAUGGAAGACAUACAAGACCACUGAUAAUCUCCCUCGAUCUGGGGCUCCACGCAAGAUCUCACCCCGUGGGGUCAAAAUGAUCACAAGAACGGUGAGCAAAAAUCCCAGAACCACACGGGGGGGACCUAGUGAAUGACCUGCAGAGAGCUGGGACCAAAGUAACAAAGCCUACCAUCAGUAACACACUACGCCGCCAGGGACUCAAAUCCUGCAGUGCCAGACGUGUCCCCCUGCUUAACGCAGUACAUGUCCAGGCCCGUCUGAAGUUUGCUAGAGUGCAUUUGGAUGAUCCAGAAGAGGAUUGGGAGAAUGUCAUAUGGUCAGAUGAAACCAAAAUAGAACUUUUUGGUAAAAACUCAACUCGUCGUGUUUGGAGGACAAAGAAUGCUGAGUUGCAUCCAAAGAACACCAUACCUACUGUGAAGCAUGGGGGUGGAAACAUCAUGCUUUGGGGCUGUUUUUCUGCAGAGGGACCAGGACGACUGAUCCGUGUAAAGGAAAGAAUUAAUGGGGCCAUGUAUCGUGAGAUUUUGAGUGAAAACCUCCUUCCAUCAGCAAGGGCAUUGAAGAUGAAACGUGGCUGGGUCUUUCAGCAUGACAAUGAUCCCAAACACACCGCCCGGGCAACGAAGGAGUGGCUUCGUAAGAAGCAUUUCAAGGUCCUGGAGUGGCCUAGCCAGUCUCCAGAUCUCAACCCCAUAGAAAAUCUUUGGAGGGAGUUGAAAGUCCGUGUUGCCCAGCGACAGCCCCAAAACAUCACUGCUCUAGAGGAGAUCUGCAUGGAGGAAUGGGCCAAAAUACCAGCAACAGUGUGUGAAAACCUUGUGAAGACUUACAGAAAACAUUUGACCUGUGUCAUUGCCAACAAAGGGUAUAUAACAAAGUAUUGAGAAACUUUUGUUAUUGACCAAAUACUUAUUUUCCACCAUAAUUUGCAAAUAAAUUCAUUAAAAAUCCUACAAUGUGAUUUUCUGGAUUUUUUCUUCUCAUUUUGUCUGUCAUAGUUGACGUGUACCUAUGAUGAAAAUUACAGGCCUCUCAUCUUUUUAAGUGGGAGAACUUGCACAGUUGGUGGCUGACUAAAUACUGUAUAUACUUUUUUAUUAUUAUUAUGUGAAAACUUUAUGGUGGAAGAAUCAUUGGAACCAUUUCCAUGAUUUUAUGGGUAUUAUGCCACGUCCACUGUGGCAGACUAUCUGUCACGUUCGUUGAGUACAGGAUUGGACCAAGGUGCAGCGUGGUAUGCAUACAUGUUUGUUUAUUAUAUAAACACCGACAAAAGCAACGUAACGUGACGUUCUAAAGGCUAAACAUCAAACAAGCCAAACACACAGAAACAAGAUCCCACAACUAAAGGUAGGCAAAAUGGCUGCCUAAGUAUCAUCCCCAAUCAGAGACCACGAUCGACAGCUGCCUCUGAUUGGGAACCACACCAGGCCAACAUAGAAAUGGAACAACAUAGAAUGGACACCCUGACCAAACCAACUAGAAAAACAGGGCUUUCAAGUUCAGGAAGUCUUGUAGUUGAGAUCCUGAUAAUAUUUACUGAAUGUGUGUGCGUGUUUGUCCACACCUUUGUGUGUGCGUGCGUGCGAGCGAGCGUGCGUGCGUGCAUGUUGAAUGAAGGGUUUACAGAGGUAUUGACAGUGCGUGUGUUUUCACAGCGGUGUGCUUGUCGCCCUGUCUGAAUGGUGGAAGGUGUAUCAGGCCUAACCGGUGUCAAUGCAGUCCAGGGUGGAGCGGGCACCACUGCUCUAGGUGAGAGGACAAAACAUACACACAGACAGUCAGACACUACAAACAUAAGAACAUCCUCACAAAUCCACACAAAUCCCUUCUAA